AUGAUGAAAGAAAUGCCACUUGACAUUGGACUGCGUGUAGAUGUAUUAGAUGAUGAAGGUAUUUGGAAUACCGGUGUAAUUGUUGAUGUUGGUAAAGAGAAGAAACUGGAUAAAGUCGAGAUUAAGUACGAUGGGUGGGAUGAAGACUAUAAUGAAUGGAUCAGUGUUGAUAAAAAGCGUCUUGCUCCAUUGCAUACGUACACAAUUGUGAAGAAAUGUUGGGCAAAGCUCAGUAAAUGGCCCUGGUGGCCUGCAUUUGUGGUUCUACGUGCACCGGCAACAGCUUUGGCUGCUAAAGGUCUGGAAGAAGAGACGAAACUUUAUGUCGAGUUUUAUGACUCGUUUCAUGAAGAGAAACGUUCACGUUGCUGGAUACAAAAGAAGAAUGUAGCAUCAUUUCGAGACAACUUUGAAGAACGUGCGUGCAAGAACAUUGGCAAGAAUUUUCAUACGUUUGUGGAAGGUACACAGCGUGCGAAGGCGGGCACGUCACCACUGUUAUUUUCGGGCCCAGGAACACUUCCUAUUGAGUACUCUAGCAAGCUAUCGGAGCCUAUUGAGGAAAAGAAAAAGGAGUGUACAUCAGAGCAGUGGUUUCGUCUUUACAGAGACUUUAGCAACCGCUAUCAAGAACUGUACGGGUACUCGACAGCAGCAGAUACGACUCUCAAGUCAGACAAGUGCAGUCCAGGUCCUCACUCCAAAGAGGAGGCUGUGAAGCAGGAGACGAGUACAGGUGAAAGUGACGAUAAGGAAGCAAAGCUGAAAGCUGACGAGCCUGAGGAAGCUGGUAACGCUGAAGAAGAGAUAGCUUCAGGACGAGUGGACACCCGUCGGAACAAGCGCACCGCAGCGGAAGCGUUACCUGUCUGCCAUAACACCCGACCUCGUCGCGUUAAAGGUUGA